UAAUAAAAGGCAAAAAGAUGCCACCCCAACAUCUAUCGAGAAGGAAGCGGCCAUAGAUAGUCUUUUUUGGGUCACAGACAGCGCAGCACUCUCUCCAACGGUUCCCCUCCUCACUUCCUCAGCUUCCUUCCUCCACCUACUUCAACUUGGAGCUUUUUUUUAGGAUUUGGUCUUCUCCUUCCUUCUCACACUACUCUCAUUUAAGGCCUGAGAAUUGCAAUGGACAUCUCAGAAAGUGUCAUCUUGGAUAUUGAAAGCCUCACCCUGCCUCCUAAUAAAUGCUCUGGAAGCCCCAAAAUGACUAAAGCAUUAUCCCGGAAGGGUUCUUAUCGAAUGGAGAGGAGAAAUGGUGAGGAGCAAGAGGGGGAUGACACAACAAAAAAGCUUUUGGCUAAAGUGAUGUGUUCACAGCUGGAGCAAUCGAAGCAGCCCCUUGUUCCUAACAAAGCUAUCGCAGCAACGCCAAUUGUGGCUAACUGCACCUACCUUGGAGAUGCAGGAGAAGGAAGGAUUAAGCGUUUUAAUCGCUUGAUGACAAUCAACCCUAGAAGAAUUCUUCUUCUUUUUGCUUCUAUGUCAAGCAUGGGAACAAUGAUACUCAUAUACUUCACUCUGGCUAUUUACCGAAGAAGCGCAUCAGAGAGUUAGUGGUUUGUUUAAGAUUGCAAGAGAAGAAGAAAGAAUAGCUGAUGUUUUACUGUGAGAGCUAUUUAUUUGACAAUCAUUCAUUGCACUCCAUAUCUUGGUGGUGGGAACUUUGAUCACUUGGCUGAUUCUUUAUCAGUAUUCGAUUUGCUGCUGAUGAAGGAAUUCUACGGUGAUUAAGCUUUUCAACUGCAGUGCAGAUUUACUGUAUGAUUUUGUUGUAUGAUUUUGUUGUGAGAAUAGAUAGAGAUUCUGUGGAUUUGCUGCAUAUGCUGCUCUGCUGAACUGAUACGCAUUAGUGACAGAUAUAAUUCCACUGUUUUUAUUGUGAGUCACUUUUAUUCCACUGAAUGCUUACCGUUUGGAAA